AUGUCCAAACAGCCAGAAACCCCCGUGUCGAGAUAUCGAGCUUCGAAAGCAUCAGCUUUCACACCUCAAUCUCGCCGGAUUCCCCGCGAAAGAAAAGACCGCCAGAUAAGUUCCGGGUCUGGCUCCGGCUCCAGCUCCAUCGGUAAGACUCGACCAGAGCGUCGCAGACUCGACAAACCACCAGACGUAACCUCCCCCUCCAACUCCCCAAUCGUAAUGCUCCGCGUAGGCCCCGAAAAGCGACUCUUUGCAGCCCACGAAGCCAUCCUCACCACAUCCUCAUUCUUCGCUUCCCACUGCGCAUCACAAACGCCCAGCCCAUCCGCUCGGCGGCCCCGCCCACCCCUCCAACCACCAGGAAAGCGCAUCGACCUCCCAGACGAACAACCAGAGGUCCUAUCCUGCGUUCUUGAAUUCCUCUAUAAAGGCGACUACUACCCCCGUCUCCGGCACAACAGUCGAACCCGUACCUGGGAACUGGAAGACACAGGCGUCGAGACAGCCGGGGAAUUGAGCCAGGCUACGUCAACAGUAUUCCACCACCAGGUUGGCGGGAUGAUUCUACGAGACACGGCUAUAUACUGCGCAGCGGAGAAAUAUAACCUUCCCCAUCUGCAGCGUCUGGCGCUCCGCAAACAGGGCUUGCAUACGGGCAUUCAAUGUAGUACUAUCCUGGCGAGUGCGCGGUAUGCGUAUGCCAAUACGCCUGACACGGAAUCGAAGCUGAGGGCGCAUUACCUUGCGCUGAUUGUGAGGUCGAGGUCGACGUUCAUGAGGAGUGGGACUAUGCAGGCGGAGAUGGAGAAGGGGGGGAAGUUCUUUUUUGAUCUUUUUGUUGCGAUGUGUAAUCAUAUGGAUGACUAUGUUCCCCAUGGCUCGGUGAGUAGCUCGGCGAGCACGGUUCACCCUUAG